AUGUCCACAACAACCCAAACACACUCUCAAAAGCUCCAGGCAGCUUCGCAAUCAAUCUACCCAGCUUCACCAUCACCAUACCACCUCAGAAAGAGUCCCACCAUGUCGAUUGCCCAGACGUACUUCCUCGCCCACAAGGCAAGGGCCAAGCUCUCCUCGGAAGCCGCCCGCCCUGAUCACAACCUCCGCCUGCUCGUCGGACACGCCAACCUGCUCGACUCCCUCAUGCUAGAUCUCGCCGACGCCGAGAGGGAACAAGAAUCGUGGUUCAACCAAUCCGUCCGUGGCGCCACCCAGAGCCCACCACCAUCCACCAACAACCGCCACAUCCAAUGGGCCGACCACAUGGAAGAGCCCCAGCACGACUGGAGAGCCGAGGACGCCGACUCUGAUUCCGACGACUCGGACUGCAGCUACGACGAGGACGAGGAUGACCUCGACUCGGACGAGGACGUUGAGAUGGCCGACGCGGUCGUUGCCCUCAGGAGGAUACCUUCCCACGCCAGCAUGCUCCCACCAAAGGGCUACAACUACCGAGACGAAGAAGAGGAGGACUACGACAUGGAAGACGACGACGAGGACUACACCCAGCUCGCCCUCCAGAGAACAUCUUCUCACUCUGCACCAUCCUCCCCACCCGAGCUCCUCGACGAUUCCGACUCCACCACCGACGACGAGUCGUCCAUGCCACCAUCACCACCAACCACUACGCUACCCGCUUUUGACGACAAGAAGAGCACAACGAUACAAAGUGCGACGGGGCACGGGGACAAGGACGCCUUUUAUGAGGAAGGGUUCUAUCUCCCGCCGAGAAACCCGGCGAGGAUAUCGAUCUACUAG